AUGGCACCGAAAACCAAAACCUCUGCUUUGACGUCCGCAGAGCGCCAAGCAAGAUACCGGGAAAAUCUGAAAAAAAAAGGGGUUGAUGUAAUGCAGAAGAAAAAAGAAGCUCAACGGUCUCGGCUCUUCAGAAAAAAACUUGCUACAGAUUUAGGGAAACUAAAAGACCAUCGCGAAAAAGAAGCUGAGAGAAAAAGAGUUUCAAGAAAGGCUUUAUCGCAAUCUGAUUCAUCAAUGAAUUCAAGCUGUUCAAGCCUUACUCUUUCUUCAUAUCGGUCCCGUCAAUCAUUUGGAAAAGCUUUAUACAGGGCAAGAAGAUCCUUACCGAGUAGCCCAAGAAAAAGAAAAGCUGUUGUCUCUGCCCUCGCUGAAGAACAAGGUCUCCGAUUAGUCACAUCUCCACUAGCAUUUUCAGAAAAAAUUCGCAAAGGAUCGAAUGAACAAACAAAAGCAAAUGUGCAACAAUUUUAUCUUUCUAAUCAAAUUUCGUGGCAAUCUCCAAAUAUGAAGGAUAGACUCAUUUUGAGACAUCACGAUGAGAAUGGAAGGAUACAAAAGCAGUACAUCCCCAAACGAUAUAUGUUAAUGUCUCUUGUUGAGGCACACCAAAUGUACCUGAAGGAGCACAAAGAUCAACCCGUUGGCCGCUCAUUAUUUUGUGAGUUGAAGCCCAAAGAAAUCUGCAUCUUUGGAGACUUGCCUCAAGGUGUAUGCGUUUGUCGAUAUCACGAAAAUGUGCGCCUUAUCUUGAAUGCCAUGCAUCCUUACACUCAAGUUCCACGAUCCUUCAAGGAAUUUAUCGCACUUGUCACCUGCGAUCAGAGUAAAAAAGAUUGUAUGACCAACAAAUGCGACCAGUGUCGUGACAAGAUCGAUGAACUCAAUCCCCGAAAUUUCGUUAUUAACGCUUCUGUGAUUUCACCAAGUUGCGAGCAAUGGAUAAGCCAACCACUUCAGAAAAAAAUAAUGGAUUGGGAUUUGCAACAAUGUUUUCAACAUCUAAAGGAUCAGCUACGUUAUUUUCUGGAACACUCGUAUGUAAAGCGAGCGCAAGCAAAAUUUUUUGAAGACACCAUUGCCAGCGUCGAUGGAAAACAAAUUGCACUGCAAGUUGACUUUGCUGAGAAUUACGCUUUAAAACAACAAAAUGAAAUACAAAGUGCGCAUUGGUGUCACCAGCAAUGCACAGUUUUUACUGCCUAUGCUUGGAUGUCCGCUAAGGAAGCGCAGAGUUUCGCGUUAGUUUCGGACGAAUUGACGCAUGGAAAAAUCAGCGUUUAUAAAUUCAUCGAACGGCUACUUGAACUAAUUACCGAAAAUUACGAUGAAGUGGCUGAAGUAAAAAUAUUUUCAGACGGAGCCGCUAGCCAAUUCAAGCAAAAGUACCUUUUUUCGAACCUGCAUGUUUUUGAAGCGCGCUACGGCAUUAAGCUAUCUUGGCACUUUUUCGCAUCAGGUCACGGAAAAGGGGUGGUUGAUGCCAUUGGAGGAACAAUAAAAGGUUCGGUGUGGAGGCGAGCAAAAAGCGGAGCUGUGGUAAAUACUGCUGAAGAAUUCACAUCUAUAGCUCAAGAAGCAUGCCCUAAGAUUCACGUUGAGUUUCUGAGCAAAGCAGACAUUGAUGUUAAUUCCGCAGAUCUCGAAGAACACUGGAAAGAUCUUGCGACAGUCCCAAGAACGCACAGAAUUCAUGCUGUGUUUUCCCUCGCUCCUUACUGGAUCAGCGUUGCCGAAGAAUCUAAUGUGCAUAAAGACAGGCGCAUCGCAGUCCGCAUGAAGUAA